UACAUCAGGGGAGAUGUGACCUCAUGAGGAGCCGCUCCUGGGUGGCUGAAGAAGAUGCGGCUCAGCUCACCUGUACCCUCCCUUUUUCCCCAUCACCACCAGCCCUCAGCUUCCCGUUGCACUUUCUGUCCCCUAGAGUCCCAUUCUGUUCUGGCAGCAGUUCCAGGCGUCUUGUGCCAUGGCCAGGGAGUUGGUACCUCUUUCUCUCCAGAGGCAGUAGCAGCCUCCAGCAUUUUCCACUGAGAGCAGCCUGCUGGUACAGACACAGCCUUAGGAGCAACCUCACCUGCGGAGACUCACCCCGUGUCCAGUUCUGUGAGAAACUGUCCCCUAAUAUGAGCUCAGAACCCUUUAAAAGUGAAGUCUCCCUGAGUUCGUUUUAGGUGGUGGUGGUUUUAUUUUGUUUUCUGUCUCAGGGCCUCUGUUUGCAAUACAGUUGGUCCACAUUUUGGGAAGGAAGGAAAGAGGAACAGGCAGCGCCACUCACCCCGUUCCAGCCCUCUCCUGGGGUUGAGUCCUGAGCCCUGGAACUCCACAGAACUUGGUAGCUUCUUCAGUACCUCAGAUUUUACAUGUGGCUGUUCGCAAUCCUAUAUCCUGGGCUACAUAUCCCAGGCUAGAGGGAGCACUUGCUGUCGUCCUAAACCUCUGGUCCUCAGGUCUGUUUACUUACUGUUACCUUAGCUCUAAGUUAAAGAUAGGCACCUAGCCCUAGGAGAAAAAAAUUAUCUUUCCUCCAGCAAGCUGUCAAGUCUGACAGCUGGAAAAUGGGCGGCAUCUCAGAAGCCAGACUCCUGGGCUACGCCGGGCUGUGCGGUAUAGUGUGAGAGCAACAUUAACAGGAAACAACGGAAGAAGGGGACUCCUUAGUUUGAAGAGCUGAGCUUUGGGGCACAAGGCAGAAAAUGUUUCUUCUCCCAGGAGCCAGGGCAAACACCAGUGACUGGGCAGCAGCAAAUGAAAUAAUUGCAGGGCUCUGGUUAAGAAUCUUGAGACACUGAUAUUUGCUCACACUCCAGUCCCAGUGUGGCUGAGGGAGCUGCAGGCAGAGGAUAAGAGGGAGAGUCAUCUUCUGUUGACUCUGAUAAGCUGUGAGGUGCCAGUAUCCUGCAGCUGUGGGUGGGGUAGCCUGGGUCUCCUUCAGAGCUGCCCUGCUAAUAAAUGCUGUAGUGAGGCUAGACCACCAAGCAGAGAAGGCAGUGUGGCUCCACUUGCCAGGACAAACAGGCUGUCCUCCUGUCCUCUGUGGUGGCCAUAAGCACCCCGACUGUUCUGCUCUCUCCAAGGGCUGCCAUGCAGUCUUUCCACAAAUCCCCCUGAGUGAGACCAUCUUUAGUUUCUGGUUCUCAGCCGUUGGCUGAGUCCCAGGAAGACACCUUGGGCCAAAUUCAGGGUGACAUUGUGUUCUGGCCUUCUUGCUACAGUUCAGCAUCACUACUUGAUCAGCCUUCAACUUUGCCUUCGAGUUCUCCUCAAGGUUCCACCUUGAAACACCUAUUUCACGGGACUAGCAGAUGCCAGGCUUGCCUCCUCCCUCUAUCUUGGGCUCCUUCCCCAGCCCUAUCCUCCGUCAUUGUCACGCCUCCCUCCCUGUCCCCUGCUUCUCUGUCCAGCAGAGGAGAAGCUUCAAAGAAGGCCACAAAAAAAAAAAUCAUAAGAUCAUAAAAAGGAGAGGGGGGUCAUUUCUUCUGCCAUCCCUUGUCAUGGGGUGAAGCAAAUCAGGCAAAUGACCAGGGGGCAGAAAAAAACCAACCAAACAAAAACAAAGGACAUCUGUAAGAUGAGAGACGUCUCAGGGAAAGGAAGCCUGUGAUUUAUCCAGUCAAGCAGUGAGCCAACAAUACAAGAUUCCAAAGUCCAUGCUCAUGAAAAGUGGAUUACAGAUGUGGUGGAACCAGUUAGCAGUGGUGUAAAUGACUGACCUUGUAUAACUGUCGGAUUUACACGGAGAAACAGUCCAGGCUCUUGGCAGAGCGUUCCUGGACAGCAGAUGGGGAGGGACCAUGUAUCCGCCUCCCGCGCGUGGGCGCACCGACAACGCCUCUUCUGCGCCUCCUGCGGUCUUCCCGCACAAAGUGACGGCGCUGCCCCGCCCACCUCGCGCGUCACGGCACAAUCCUUGAACUACAACUCCCAGAGGGCCGAGCGGCGGCGCGCGCUCUCCCUCUCCAACUACAAAUCCCAAGAGGCAUUACGCGACUGCGCCUUCUCCCACCGCGCAAGAGCGGAACCGCAUUUGUUUUCCGGCUGGUCUGCACAGCAGCUGUACAGAAAAGAUGAGCGAGGAAUCCAACGAUGACAAGAAGCCAACGACUAAAUUUGAACUGGAGCGAGAAACAGAGCUUCGAUUUGAGGUGGAGGCAUCUCAGUCAGUGCAGCUGGAGUUGUUGGCUGGCAUGGCGGAGAUCUUUGGCACAGAGCUGACCAGAAACAAGAAGUUUACCUUUGAUGCUGGUGCCAAGGUGGCUGUUUUCACUUGGCAUGGCUGUUCUCUGCAAUUGAGUGGUCGGACUGAGGUGGCUUAUGUCUCUAAAGACACCCCUAUGUUGCUUUACCUCAACACUCAUACAGCCUUGGAGCAGAUGCGGAGGCAGGCAGAAAAGGAAGAAGAGAGAGGCCCCCGAGUGAUGGUGGUGGGUCCUACUGAUGUGGGCAAGUCCACAGUGUGUCGACUGCUACUCAACUAUGCAGUGCGUUUGGGCCGCCGUCCUACUUAUGUGGAGUUGGAUGUGGGUCAGGGCUCUGUGUCCAUCCCUGGUACCAUGGGGGCUCUCUACAUUGAACGGCCAGCAGAUGUGGAAGAAGGUUUCUCCAUCCAGGCCCCUCUUGUGUAUCAUUUCGGCUCCACCACUCCUGGCACCAACAUCAAGCUUUAUAAUAAGAUUACAUCACGUUUAGCUGAUGUGUUCAACCAAAGGUGUGAAGUGAAUAGAAGGGCUUCUGUGAGUGGCUGUGUCAUUAACACCUGUGGCUGGGUCAAGGGCUCUGGUUACCAGGCCCUGGUGCAUGCAGCUUCAGCCUUUGAAGUGGAUGUGGUUGUGGUUCUGGAUCAAGAACGACUGUACAAUGAAUUGAAAAGGGACCUGCCUCAUUUUGUUCGAACUGUGUUGCUCCCAAAAUCAGGGGGUGUGGUGGAACGCUCCAAGGACUUCCGGCGGGAAUGUAGGGAUGAGCGGAUCCGUGAGUACUUCUAUGGAUUCCGAGGCUGUUUCUAUCCCCAUGCCUUCAAUGUCAAAUUUUCUGAUGUGAAAAUCUACAAAGUUGGGGCACCCACCAUCCCAGACUCCUGUUUACCUCUGGGCAUGUCUCAGGAAGACAAUCAGCUCAAGUUAGUGCCCGUCACCCCUGGCAGAGAUAUGGUGCACCAUCUCCUGAGUGUCAGCACUGCUGAGGGGACAGAGGAAAACCUCUCCGAGACAAGUGUGGCUGGAUUCAUUGUCGUGACCAGUGUGGACCUGGAACACCAGGUGUUUACUGUCCUGUCUCCAGCCCCCCGCCCACUGCCUAAGAACUUCCUUCUCAUCAUGGAUAUCCGGUUCAUGGAUCUCAAGUAGUAAUUAGCAAGGAGCCUCACUUUGUGGGCCAUAGAAAUCUGGCUAUCACAAAGGCAGAUGGAGAUUUGGAAGCCUUAUUAAGGAGCUGACAAGGAACAACUAGUAGAAAGCACAUGCUCUACCUCUUACAACAAUGGUAGUAGCCAGACUCCUGUAACUCUGAACCAAAAGGAAAAACUACGAAAAGAAAAUUUGAUUAUUUUUUUAAGAUCGCCUAAGGUGCCUGCCACUUUAAAUAUUCCAGGACUCUGGAGAAUUCCAUGUCUUCCACUGUGCUACCAUGAGGGGUUUUUUGUUACUACUUUCUGGUCCAUAUAUAGUUCUUGUUAUAUAACUGAGAUGAAAGUAAGAUAAAGUUCAAACCUGAAAACAAUUAUUUUAAUAAAUAUCAUUAUCAUA